AUGGCAAUAUUGCAUAGAACUCGCUCAAUGUCAAAAAAAUUAGAAACUACAACAUUAAUCUCAAGGGAAGGAGGUAGCGCAAAAAUUGAUCAAGCUCCACAGGAUCCUGACAAGGCUACCAUCUUACCUGUUAAAAAAUAUAAGACCGUCGAACAUUUAAAGGCUUACCCAUUAGUACAACAAACUAAUUUAAUCCUAAAUGAAGUAGCCGGUACUAGAAUGAUUAUCGGUAAUGUUAAACCAGUCAUCAAUAAUAUAAGAGAAUCAAAAACUGUCGAAAUGUUAUCUCCAGUAACCGACUUUGUUGAUACAAUUAUUGAUUCAAGUUUACAUGCUACUGAAAUAGUCGUUCCUUCUUUGAAAACUAAAACUUAUCAAAGAUUAGGUGAAGAAGCCAUGAUCCCAUGUAACUACGUCAGCAGAUACAGUACUACAUUAACUGAAAAAACUACUGGACUUGUUAAAUCGAAUGUUUACACUCCACUUCACAGUCAAUUAUUAAAAUGGAGAAGAUUUUAUAAUAAACAUGUAAUUGACACAGACGAAAGACCAUUGAUUAGAAGUACAUUUGACCCAAUUGUAUCUCCAAUCAAUGAUUACGUAGAAAUUCUAGGUGAUAAAUAUUUACCAGAUAAAGAUAGAGUUGUUAGAGAUGACUUCUGUUGUGAAAUUGAUAGAUCAGUCCUUUUGUUAUUAAAUAUUAGUCACAAAGGUUUACAUGCAUUGUACAAGGAUGUUUUGGAAACUUCGAUGCUUCCUUGUAACUACGUUGCUCAUGCAAACAAGAUGUGGAAUGAUGAAUUAGACAAAAUUGAAACUAUGGAUGUAAAAUCUUCUUUUGCCGCUACUAACAAAGCCAUUUCAAGAUUAGGUAAAGAAGCUACUGAAUAUUUCAGUAAAUCCAACAAACCUCAAGCUCAAACCCAACCUUCUGAACCUGCUAAAGUUUAA